AUGCGGAACACGAACGGGCUUUCUAGACAUCGUCUCCCAGGUCAAUUGCAAGAUGAUCAUGACAAGGAUGUCAUAUCAUCAAGCGUAGAUGUUUAUCAAGGGAAGUCGAUCGCUGAGAUUAGGGAAAGCCUUUCUCAUCUGAGCGAGCAGGAGGCUUCCGUGACAGCUCGUCUCAAUAAUCUCAUAACUUUCCAAAAAGAUCUCUCACGCGAACUUGGUCGCUUGGACCUUCUGCGUGCCCAGAUUGGAUCUCAGGCAGUGGCGACGAGAUCAAUCAGUAACGGCAUUUUGUCCGGUGCUGCCUCUACUGCGACGCGUAUUUCCGGUGCCGUAAAGCGACUCGACCUUGAGCAAGCCCGGGUGCGGAGUACUCUGAAUGUUGUAGAACAAGUCGCUGAGCUCAAGGCAUGUGUCUUGGGGGUGACUGGGUCCAUGGGAGCUCCUCAAGAUUGGGAAACAGCUGCUGGGUAUCUCAAUCGUGCCUCCAAGAUUCCAAAAGAGAUUGUGAACGGGUCUUUCGCCGAAGAGAUCGUGCCCACUGCCGAAGUCCCGGACCCACCCAAUGUGACCUUGGACCAUGCUGCAGAAUCACUGCGUGGCCUUUUCCUCCGCGAGUUUGAGAAAGCCGCGCAAGAAGGCAACGGGGCCAAAGUCACUCGCUUCUUUAAGUUGUUCCCUCUCAUCGGAAAACCCGAGGUUGGCCUUGAUGUCUAUGGUCGUUAUGUCUGUCAAGGAGUUGCAUCCCGUGCACGUGCCAAUCUGAACGCCGGCACGGAAGGAAAUCAGCGACGGGAAGGCUUCUUCUAUGCCAAUGUCUUGACAAAAUUGUUUGAGCAUAUUGCACAGAUCGUGGAGCACCAUGGGGGACUCGUGGAGCGCCACUAUGGUGCCGGACGAAUGGUGAAGGUCAUCGAGCGCUUACAGCUGGAGGCCGAUGUCCAAGGUGGCAUUGUUCUAGAUACUUGGAGCGAUGAACGAAAUGUGGACCGCAAGCUCACCGACAUCAGAUCUUACGCAUUUACGUUUCUGGUGCAAAGCUUUCUCCCGGCGCAGCCAGCGAGAAGUGGCACCCCUCGUGCUGGGUCUCCUGCCAUCAGAGGCUCAGUGGCAGAGUCACAGGCCCGUGAAGACGAAGGGGUGGAUAUGAAGGAGGUUGAUGGCGUCCUAAGCGAAAUCGCCAUAAUGCUAGGGCGAUGGUCACUUUACUCUAGUUUCGUAGCCGCUAAGUGCAAGGAAUCUUCCUCAGAACCUGAGGGUGUUAAUCAGGAUUUGUUGGUGCCACCAUUACUAGCCAAUUCGAGCUUGAACAGAAAGGUCGCCGAUAGACUAGCUACGCCUUUUAAUGUCAUGACAACUUUCUUCUUCCGGAGAUCAGUUGAGAAAGCAUUCCAAUUAGAUGAGCAGCCGUCAGAUCUCUCUCUAAAUUUCAAGCAAUCUCUACCCUCCAAUCCACCUUACAUCACUUCAGCUGUCGAUGAUGUGAUGUACAUUGUCAACCAAGUCGUUGAGAGGUCUCUUGCAACAUCCCAAAAAGACGUGAUAUCGAGCGUCAUCCCUACUCUAGCGAGAGUGCUUGGCUCCGACUUCAUUGGUAUGAUUCAAAGAAAGAUGCGAGACGAGAGUUACCCAAAAAUCACGGUCCAAGGUGCCCCACCUGGGGAGCAAACGAUCAUAUCGUUUUUAGUCCUCAUCAACAACCUGGAUGUUGCUACAGACUAUGUGAAGCGAAUAGUCCAAUCUCGUGUUGAGACAGUACCCGCUGCAGCCUCGGCAAACGGUGGCGGAAGUGUCUCAUCCAGAUCGCUGACGGCUCUAUUUCCUCUGGAUCAUGAUGCUAUGAUGGUAGGCAAUGCGCUGAAAUCCUUGCAGAAUAGCUUUGAAGGCAAGACGUCAGAGCUGAUCAGCGACGGAAUAUUUGUGGUUUUCAAGAAUGUAAUGAAGCCCCGUCUUCGCCCGAUUCUCGCUGAUGCGUUCCGCGAUGUUGACUACCGAAUAAGCCAGGAGGAGCUCGAGGAGAUGCAUCGAGAUGCAGAGAUCGAUGAUGGAAACGGAAGUCCGUCCGACAACGUAGUACAACACCACUUUCAAAGGGGCUGGGAGAUCUUGACAAAGCCUGUGAUGAGAUUACUUACGGAACGAAAUUACGAAAGGCUUCUGGCAACGGUCAUCUCAUAUCUUGGUGAAGUGCUGGAGAAGCGAAUCUGGAGCUACUAUGGACGUCUCGAUGAUCUUGGAGCGGUACGACUAGAGCGAGACAUUGCAAGUAUCGUCAGUAUAGUUGUCAGUGGUGGUCGAUAUGGAUUACGGGACGCCUUUGCAAGGUGUACACAGAUCUGCCUUGUUAUGAACAUGGAGAACGAUGAGUGGGAGGAGCUGCAAGCUGUAUCCACGGCAGGCGCAGAAGAGGAGGGCGUCGAGUGGAAGAUCGACAAGGAAGAGCGUACGCGUGCUCGUGCAAUGGUGAGGAGAUGA